UAACGACCCAGUGGCCCAAACAGCGUAUGAGCCCCUGGUAUAUAGAAGUUGGUGUAGCCACCCACCCUAACCCUAGAUCCGCUUUGGUCUCUGGAAUCUGGAAGUCACCGGAUCCACAACUCGCCCCUCUGGCCGCCUCCGUCCUCCGCCUUAUCGGCCGCCGCCUCCUCCUUCGUCAGUCGCAUGUCUCUCGAGGACGAGAAGCCUUUCUUCGUCGUCGCUGUCGUCCCCAACUGGGUGAUGCUAGAGCGCGUCGUCUUCCGCAGGGACGACGAGUCCUUCUCGGACGGAAGCGAGGCCAUCGUGGCGACCGACCGGCAUCGCGUCCUGUUUCGCGUCGGCACCAUGAUGUUCGCAAGUCUGGUUCAGGAAUUCUUCAUCUACAGCACCUCAGGUGCCGACACUUCCUCUUCGCUGACUGCGCUCCCGCCUUGUGCCGAGCCUGACAUGGAUUGUAGCCGCCGUGAGGGCCGCCUACCUCGUAAACGUGCUUCUCGGGGAUGACGCCUACUGGCGGUCAGGUCCAUGGGCCUCCUGUGCCGAGGCGAAGAAGAGUUCGCGGUGGUAGAGCUGUAGGUUUACAAGCACAACUGCUACAUGGCCUUUGCUGACAUCUACUUGUUCCUGAAAUCAGCUGGCAAAUGAGACUCCAUGCGUUUGCCCAUCCUCUGCAGCACCGACCCCAAUGUGAUCUGGCAACUUUGCUUAUGGCAGACCGACACGGUUAUCCUGGUCGACCGCUGGCUUUGCUGGGUUGACUAUGAGCGAGGCAUCCUUUUCUACGAUAUGUUUGGGGAGCCCAGCCCUACUGUUAUCUUCAGCCAGUUCCCUCUGGACAAGUUCCCUGACAACAACACUCGCAACAAGGACUGCUGCUGGUUGUACCGCAGCAUGUCGACCACCCGUGAGGGGGGUGCGCUCCUGUUCACCAACGGCUGGUGCUGGCUUCACUAUCAGGUGCCACUCCCUCAUGUUAUGCAACAUCACGGAGCCGAACACGGUUGGGUGUGUAUGGGAAGAGGACUACACGGUCACCUCCGAUGAGCUUUGGUCUGCCAACCCUGAGUGCCUACCGCAUGACAUUCUCAUGUUCCCCCAAGCUGACAUGGACAGGCCACAUGUAGUGCACUUUGUCAUCAGCGAGUUCGGAUACGUGAGAAAGAAUAUGUAGCUGGUCACCAUUGACAUGAGCACCAGGAGAGUGGAGUCAUUUUCUCAGUAUACCAAUGGGAGGCAGUAUGCCAUUGGAACCGAGGGCGCUUACUUGACCAAAAUAAGGUCCGGCUGUCCCAUGUCCUUCCUCCCCUCUGAGUUCUCCAAGUACCUCUGUUAGGUUGGUGCACAAGUUGUGUACUCGAAAUAUGCAGGCACAGAAUUGAAAUUCAAUGACGCCGACCAUCUCAUUUUGAAAUAAGAUGACAUAAUUGGUAUUCUUGACAGUGAUGAUGUGAAGGAUAUGAAACCACCGAAUGAUCGCAUUCUGAUUAAGGUUGCUGCUGGUGGUUUGCUAUUGACGCAGGCAACUAAGGAGAAACCUUCUGUUGGAUCAGUGAGUAUUUUAGGUUUAGUAUAUGCUGGAUUUGCAGUAAUUUAUUCGAUUAUCUGUUUAUUAUGAAAAACUCGGUCGGGGAGGGAAAGAGAAAGACCGCACUCCCGAUAUUAUAUUAAGAAAAAACCGAAACAUGGUUCCGGCCAAAAAAAAAUUCCUCGAACCUGGCCGUCCAUCACUAGCAGGCCGUCACCGCCCACUCUGCAACGGUCCAGCCGGAGGGUGGCGUGCAGGACGUAACCCGAGAGCAGACGGGGCAUAGCGAGAGGAUUUUUUAAUCAAGCCAGAAAUUCGUCCCCGAGGGGGAUCGAACCCGGGACCUGGGUGCUACUCGGAAGCAUUGACCAUUACGCUAGAGGCCUUAAUCAUUAUCUGUUGAUUAUGAUUGUUUAUGUUUUCAAAUUAUGAACACAUGGUCAACAACUGAAUCCUUUCAAAGAUUUACUUAUUUUGAUUUGGGCCUUUUUUGAAUCUACAUGUUAAAUGCAUCAAUGGUGCAUUUAACAUGUUCUAGACUUCUAGUGGACUAGUAACAGCUGAGUAUGAGGUUUGCUCGACUUUUUAAGUUUCAACAGUUUUAUUAUACUUACAAGUUGCAAGGAUUGGAUUUGUUUUGAAUAAGCUGCAGAUUUUGGCCAGUAAUUGAUGUCCUUUAGUUGUCUCGUACUUGUGUGGUUCGCGCGCUAGAGGUUUGGGGAUGUUACUAUGUCUAUAGAGAAAAACACAAGACAGAAUUUAGCUUGCAGCUGUUAGUGCAGCUGCCUAAGAGUUACAAUGGAGGUUAGGGGAUGUUACAAUAGGGUGCCGCCUUGACUGGAGGGAGGCUGGCGGCGGGGGGCUGGAAGACGGGACCUGGCAGGUGGCAUGAAGGCCGACAGUGGAGGACGGCUGGCAUGGAGGUGGGCGAUGCCUGCUGCGGAGAGCAGGGAGGUGGGGAAGACGGGACUGGGGGGCGGUCACAGGGGAGGCGCCGCGGAAGGAGGCGUAGAGGACAGGGGUGGGGGCCAGAGGGGCCAUGUGGGGGAAAAUCAUUUCGCUUACAAUAUAAGCGCUUUCCAGGCCGCGUACUAGAAAAUCGGGAUGGACGUUGUAUUUUGGAUGGUGGGCUAAGCGGCUUGAGAAUUAAGCAAGGUGUUUGGGUGGACUUAUGGCUUAGUUUCACCAAUAAGCGGGAAAUAAGCAGAUACAAACAGGGCCUUAGUGAAGGUAAGCAGUAGGCCCAUGAACAAUGGAUUGUCAAUACCAUGGUUUAAAAGUCGUCGCCUAGGCGUCGCCUAGGCGACGCCUAGGCGUCCAGGCGGGGAAAUCUUCUAGGCGUCGGCGCCGCCCAGAGGAAAUCGUGUAUGGCGUCCGCCUUGGCGAGGUAGGCGUCCGCCUUGGCGUCGUAGGCGUCUGGGCGACGCCUUUUCCUCCCUGGGCGACGCCUUAUCUCGUUUUGGGCUUUAGGGUUUUGGCGGCUAGGCGCGCGUUCUGUUUUGGGCCUGUUCCACUGUGCGCGCGCGGCAAAAAUACAUUGUGCGUGCGCGGCGCCGCGGCUGCUCCUUCGCGCGCAAAUCUCUCUGCGCUCUCUCCCUGCUGCUCCUCUCUCCCUGCGCGCGGCGGCUGCUCCUCUCUCCCUGCGCGCGGCGGCUGCUCUGCGCGCGGCGGCUGCUGCGUUCUCCCUGCGCGCGCGCGGCUGCUGCGUGCUCCCAGCGCGCGGCUCCCUGCUACCAGCGCGCGGCUGCUGCUCUCUGCGCGUGGUCUUGCGGCUCCCUGCUCCUUGCCGCAGUGCUAGCUGCUGCUGCUGACUGCGCAACGAGUAGGUUUCUGUCAAGUGUCAAGACUGCAGCGACUAGCGACAAGCCGACAACAUAAUGUCUUCUCGAAAUGAAGCUCCAUCUUCUGUGGCUGGUGAGUACGAUCCGAAGAGCGAUCCUACCCGGAAGCCACGGAAGUCUACUGAUCCAGGGUGGAAGUAUGGAUUUUGGCCAGAUCUUCAAAAUAAAGAUAAGGUGGAAUGCACCCUAUGUGGCCAGGUUGUUAGUGGAGGGAUAAAGAGGUUAAAGCAACAUUUGGCAGGGGCAUAUGGAGAUGCAAAGUUAUGUCCCAAGGCUACCAGUGGAAUAAGGAAGGAGAUGACAAGUUAUUUGGAGGCAAACAAGAGAAAAAGACCAAUGUUUCUAGAUGAAGAUGAAGAAGAUGAUGAAGUGGUGGAGGUGGCAGCAGCAGAUGGGACGAAUGAUACAUCUGCUGUGGAGUCUCAAGCAUCCAAGGUGCAGCCUAGUUCUGGUACAGCAGCCAAAAAAAGACAAUCGACCUUGCAAUUUAAGGCAAACAGUAAAGCACAGCAAAAGACAGCCAAGUCCGUAGUUGAGAUGUUGCGGAAAACACCAGAGGAGGUGGUGGAUGAGAGACUUUCAGGCUCUUAUCAGCCCACAAUCUUGGCUAGUGCAAAAAGCAAGGAGGACAAACACUAUGUGGACAUGCAGUGGGCUUUGUUCUUCUAUGAGUGCGGUGUACCUUUCAAUGCCGCAGCAGCUAGGCAGUUUCAGAUUGCAAUUGAGGCCACAGCACAGUUUGGUUCAGGGUAUAAGCCCCCAACACCUUACCAACUAGGCGAGCCAUUGCUACAAGAGGCUGUGAAGACAACAAAUACAAUGAGGGAGGAACAUGAGCGUGCAUGGAAACACUAUGGUUGCACACUCAUGUCUGAUGGAUGGUCUGAUAGGAGGGGACGCCAUCUCAUUAACUUCUUAGUGAACAGCCCAGAGGGCACUUAUUUUUUAGAGUCCGUUGAUGCAUCUAGUGAAGUACAUGAUGCAUACAUGCUUGCUGAUUUGCUUGAGAAAAAAGUUGAUGAGAUUGGGAGAGACAAGGUUGUACAAGUUGUUACUGAUAAUGGUGCCAAUUACAAAGCUGCAGGCAAGCUUCUAAUGGAGAGGAUUCCUACUUUAUUUUGGAGUCCAUGUGCUGCACAUUGCUUGGACCUAAUGUUGGAGGACAUAGGAAACUUGAAGGAAUUCAAGAAACCAAUUGCACGUGCAAGGCGUGUGACAACUUUCAUAUACCGACACGGGAGAAUUCUUGCUGCCAUGAGAGAGAAAACUGGUGGGGCUGAUCUUGUGAGGCCUGCAGCCACUCGUUUUGCUACUUCCUUUCUCACAUUGAAGAGCUUGUACAAGCACAAGGAUGCUUUGAAGGCUUUAUUUGCAAGCACAGCUUGGACUGAUAACAGAUUGUCAAAGACUAGUGCUGGAUUGGAUGUGUAUAACAUUGUCUUCUCCACACAGUUUUGGAAUUCAGUAGAAGAUUGCCUUAGAGCUUCGGGGCCACUACUUAUUGUACUUAGGGUGGUAGAUGGAGAUGAGAGGCCAGCUAUGCCAGAGGUCCAAGCAUUGAUGAAAUGUGCAAAGGAAAAGAUCAAUCAAAGCUUUGCUGUCCAAAGCAAGAAGACUUUACUCAAGAAAAUCAUAACUAUAAUUGAACGGCGUUGGGAGAAACAAAUGGAUCACCCAUUGUAUGGGGCUGCAAUGUAUUUGAACCCAGGAAAGUUGCAUCCUCUCAUAAGAAAUGAUGAUGAUGCUACUGUUGGUCAGCUAAGAGGUUGCUUUCUUGAUGUGCUUGCAAGAAUGGUAGAUGAUGAGGAAACUAGAGACAAGAUCAAUUCUCAAGCAAUGGAUUACGAGUUUCUUAGAGGAGCAGCUUUUUCAAAUAAGAUGGCCAAAGAUAACCUACAAACUAUGACCCCACGUAAGUGUUUGUGGCUGUUACUAGUUUACUACUUACUAGUUGUUGCUAGUAGCUUGCUAAAUUGUUGUGAUGUUAUUGCAGUUGAGUGGUGGCGUUCGUAUGGUGGUCGUGCUAUUGAGUUACAGAGAUUUGCUAGACGUUUGGUGAGUCUUUGUGCGUCUUCAUCAGGUUGUGAACGCAAUUGGAGUACCUUUGAAUUUAUCCAUACAAAGAAAAGAAACCGAUUGUUGCAUAAGAGGUUGAAUUCUAUUGUCUUCAUUUCCUACAACAGAAAGAUGAAAGCUAGGUUCCAAAAACUACGCCAGAAGAAGGGGAAAAACUUUGAUCCAUUGGUUCAUGAGGACUUCAAUUGGGACAAUGAGUGGGCUGAUUCUUUGCAUGUAGUCCCUGAAGGUGGGCGUGGGUGUGAGUGUGACCUUACAUGGGACCUUGUGGAUAAUGCCAUUGGAGCAUCGCAAGCACUUCGUGGCCGAAACUUACCAAGAAGGGCCCAUAAUGUGUAUUCAAGAAGAAAUUCUGUUGCUGCACAAAACAUGUCAGAGGCUGAAGAGGAAGAUGAAGAUGAAGAUGAAGAUGUUCCACAUGACGAUGCAGAAAUCACAGAUUGUGAAGAUGAAUCUAAUGGUGGCAAUGCUGGUGAAGAAGGGGAGGCACCCAAUAUCCCAGGAGAGUUUGAUGAUGAUUUUUGAGCGACGAGAGACAGGGAGAGUAGCUAUUGCUAGAUUGCAUUAGCAAUUUAGCAUAUUUGCUGCAUUACUAACUGCAGCUAGUUACUAUUAAUUAUGCCAUUACAAACUAUCUAUGUGGCUAUUUCAGAUUUGGACAUUUGGUAUUGUGUUGUUUUAAAUUUUGUGACUUGUUGUUGUUCCUUUAGAAACUACUUUGUGGCUAUUUCAUAUCCAUUAUUAUGCUAUUGUGAAUUUUGUGAUGAUUUCUAGUUUAUGAGCUGUAACAGCUGUUUGGUUGCUUGGUAUUUUGUAACAGCUCACAGCUGUUUGUAACAUCUACUAAGGCGUCGCCUAGGCGCCCGCCUAAGUCGCCUAGGCGGUCAGGCGGUGGCUGGGCGCCUAGUUCCGCCUAGCCGCCUUUUAAACCAUGGUCAAUACCCUUUUCUUCAUAUGCAUUUGGACUUUGGAGAUCAUUACCAGUGCCUGCUUUUGGCAAUUCUUUCCUAAGUAAAUAUGGCACAACUACUUUCUCUUAUUUGUAGAAGCAAGCUUGAUUUGAACAUCAUCUGUCUAGAUCAUUUUUGUCGCACUAUUUGCCUAUUGCAGGAAGACUUCAUCGGACUUGUUAAUUAUGUUUAUGUCUUCCUGGCCAACCAUUUUGCUUUCUUGUAAAUAUCAGAUGGUUCCACAAGAAAGGCUUUUGUCGUGUUGGUCAGGAAAAUUGGGUGAGCUAUUUACUAAGUUGUGGCCUAGGAAAGAUCUUAUGUUCUUACUAAUAUGAUGUACGAACGCUGGAUAAGUUGUGUAAGUUGGUGGUGUGCUCAGUAGGUUGGUAGAAAAGGUUGUGGUGUGUUGGACUUUUAAGCAGAGUCUCAAAUUAUGUUAUUUGAGCAUGUGUCA